AUGGAGACAACAACAAAAACAAUGGCAACAACCAAUCUUGAAGAAAAUCAACAAGAAGAAGAAAAUGUAAACAACAACAACAACAAAAUAAAGGGAUCAUGGACACCACAAGAAGAUGCAGCCCUGAUUAAACUAGUGAAACAACAUGGUCCAAGAAACUGGUCUUUAAUCAGCACCAAAAUCUCUGGCCGGUCCGGCAAAUCAUGCCGGUUGCGUUGGUGCAACCAGCUGAGCCCUGAUGUGGAACACAAACCAUUUACACGUCAAGAAGAUGACGUCAUCGUACGUGCACAUGAGGUCCAUGGUAACAAAUGGUCAACCAUUUCUAAACUUCUUCCUGGUCGUACGGACAACGCUAUUAAAAACCAUUGGAAUUCUACUCUAAGGAGAAGAGGGGUGACUACUGGUGAGAAACGGUUGUUUUCUGAUGAUCAUGGGUCUAGUGAGUCGACUCGGUCCGAGUCGGCGGUGAAGAAACGGUGUUCGGGUACGUCGCCGGACCAGAGUAGUUGUGAUGGGCCUCCGACUGUUUUGACGCUUUUGCCACCCGGGGACGUUAAAGUAACGGAAAAAGAUGAUGGCGUUGGUGGUGACGAGAAGUCGACGGUGGAGAUUGAUGACACGUGUCUUGUUGCGAUGAUGAAACGUAUGAUAGCACAAGAGGUAAGGAGUUAUAUUGAUGAGUUACGGGCUAAAGAUGGUUUGGGCCUUGGGAGUGAAGAUGGUUCUAAGAGUUUGGCCCAAAACCCAUAAAUAGGUUUUGAAUUUAGUAUCAGAAAAAGGUUAGAAUGAUAAAUAUUU